GGGCGCUUAAAAUAAUUCCGUGCGAUAACUCUGAGGAACCCUGGGGAAGAGGCUUAUUGUACCUAUGUUGCAUUGCCUCAUGGGAGAAACCGGGAGUUUCAAGAUGGCGGCGGCUUUGAAACCAAUAAUUCGAUGGGCCCAAAGCAAGGAAAAGUUGUUUUUAACGCUUGAGCUUACAGAUGUCCAGUAUCCUGCUGUAGAAUUGACAAGUAACCGGCUGGUCUUUCAAGGAUUUGGUCAUGGGGCCAGAGGGGAACACCAGUAUCAUGUGGACAUUAAUUUUUACAAGCCAGUGGACAUAACAGCAAGUAGCCAUAAAGUGCUGGAACGUUAUGUAGAGUUCUCCAUUGCCAAGUUACCCGGAGAGCAUGUGUUUUGGCCUCGUCUUAUUGUGGAUGAACAGAAGCCAGCAUGGUUAAAGGUUAACUUUGAUCGGUGGCAAAGUGAAGAUGCAUCUGACAGUGAGAAUGAUGAACAAGAACAGCAAGAAAAAUUAGAGAAUUUUAUGGCUCAAAGCAAAGCAAUGGAAUUAGAUCUGGAAAAUGAAAUUGAAAAAACAAAAAAAGAAGUUUUCAGAUUUAUUCGAACAUUCUAUUUGGUUGUGUAUAAUCUUAUGCAAGGAGCAUUGUUUCUUUACAUCACAUCAGUUCUUUUGUCCAAAGUAAUUUUUCAAGGAACAGGUGCCUUCCCUCAAGCUUAUGACACAGUCAGUGAUGUUUUAGCUUCUUGUCAGCUGGCUUCUUUCUUGGAAGUCAUUCAUCCUGUUGUUGGCAUUGUAAGAAGUGGAGCUCUGGCUCCAUUCAUGCAGGUCUUUGGAAGAAACUUGCUGCUUUUUUUAGUGGUUGUUGCAAAUAAGGAACUUCAUAAAGAAGCAGCUGUAUUUGGGCUCUUUCUUGUUUGGUCUCUCAUUGAAGUUGUUAGGUACCCAUUUUAUGCCUCUCAGGUGGUUGGAUUUAGAAUUGAACUACUGAUAUGGCUUCGAUACACAAUGUGGAUUCCUCUGUAUCCCUUGGGUAUUCUCUAUGAAGGUACUCUCAUUUGGAAGGCAAUUCCCUUGCUGGAUAAAUCGGAGAGAUUCUCUGUCAAUCUGCCGAAUGCAUUUAACUUCAGCUUCAGCUUUGCUUGGUUCCUGAGAAUAUACCUGAUCUUUCUCGUUGUUGGUGGCUGUUACAUGAUGAGGCACAUGUAUAUCCUACGACAACGUAGAUAUGGCAAGAGGAAAACAAAGACGAGAUAAGCAUGGAAAGGUUAUGCCAUUUCAUCCUGAAUGACAGCUUGAAAUCAAACGUUUACUGCUAUCAAUGGUGAUGGGAAAAGCGAGAUGUUUUUAAAUGUGGAUAUACAUGUGUAUGCAGCCUGUAAAUGUAAUAACUUUGCGUUUGUUUGUAUGAAGUAAAUGAUCUAAGUGAACUUUGAUGGUACAUUGUAACAAUGAAAGAGAUUAACUGGCAGCUGUCCUCGUAGCUCAGUGCAAAGCUGAUUUGCAAAGGUCGUUGGGUUCAAGCCUUUGGAGCCUGUGACUUUUCUUCAGUUUUUUCCCCUGCCAAAAAACAUGCAUAUCUGCGAAAAUCGCAUUCUCUUUUGUUGGUGUUCAUUUUAUUUUUCAUGUUUUUAUCAGGGGACACUAAAUAACAUAAGGGAAAAGUAAAGAUUGUGUGAGGUUCUCCAAAGCCACCUAUGGCAGCCUGUCAAUUUUUUAAUUCGAUUCACCUAAAAACUGACAGGAAUAAAAGAUGUACAUGGUCUGACA